AUGGUUUACUGGGCGAAGAUGAAGAGAUUGGCGAUGACAGCGGCCAUGCAGCUCAAUGUAUUCGUGAGCCACAUUCCGAUGACGAGGACGCCGUUUAUAUUGGGAGUGAUCACGACACCAAUUCUGAAAGCUCCAAUACUGAAGUACAGGGUAGUAACUUGGACAAUGUACCAAGCCUUAGAUAUGCCUGAUCAACCAAGUACAUCGCAAGCUGAUAUUUUACCGAGAGAUCAGCGCCAAUAUUGCUAUACUGCAAGUGUAGCAAUAUUUGCGCUGAUCAUAAGAAACGAACAAAUACUGCUUAUCUUUGCACUGUCUGUAAGAAGCCAAUCUGCCUUACUUGUUCCAAAAAGAUAUGUCAAGAAUGUGUAA